AUGGAGAGCACACUUCAAGAUGAUUCAUACACAUCUACUCAGAUGAACGAACCAAUCCCAGUGCAAGGAGACAAUAAGCAAGUCGAAGAUCCUGUGAAUGCAUCAUCAGCUGACUCCGAUGAACAAUUGGAACAGGAUGACAGGGAGGCUAUUGACGAGUCGAAUAUUAUUGAUGAGCGUACUAGAGGUGCUAAACCGAGAGAAACAUAUAAAGAGCCGGGGGAUAAGAUAACUGGGUUAGAAUAG